CACAGCGGUCGAUAGCAAAGGAAACCAGGCCAAACGCAGUGAAAAAAUACGAACGAGGAAAGAAGAAGGCGAAAACUAAAGAAAUCCUCAUAGAAAAACGUUUAAUUUGACCUGGGGAUAUUUGAAAUUUUCCCAGAAAUUGUCUCGGGUGAAAACUUGAAGCGUGUAGUGAACAGUGAAUCGAAGAAACCGAAUUCUCUUUGUCAAGUGCUGUGUUCUUUCGUGAGGAGAAACUUGAAAGUGUCCUGCGGUGACGGAGUUCUGCAUUUGCCGUCGCUAAUUGUGAGAUACAAACUGCAACUGACAGGCGGCAAUCAAGAGCUUAGCGGAAAUCGGAAGGGAGACACUUGCUCCUGCCGCCGGUCUCGCUUUCCUGCCUCGCACUUCAUCCAAAUCCCGGGAAAUUGUUCGCCUGCCAGGCCUCAAGCUGGGCGAUUACCGCAAAAUGACACGUGUCAGGCGCAUUGUGCGCUUGGCCUAAAAGUAUGCUGCAUCAUUAGUGUCAGGGCGAGGGCUCCUCACACCAACAACUACAACAACAGCGACACCAACAGCUACAACAACCAACGGAAGAGCAGCGGAGACAAAGGAAUCCCUGGCUGACUGCAGCUGGGAAAAUUGAAAAUGCAUGCUCAUUAGCAACGGCAGACGGCGAGCGGGAAAACCUAACAGCAAAAGCGCAUUGCGAGGAACGAAACCAAAAGUUCCCAAGUCGAACGAACGGAGGCGAACGCCGAAAAACAACGGCCCUUCAUAAUUAGCAAAAGCAACAGCAACAUCAACGGCAACAGCAAGAAGAAAGGCGGAAAAGCAGGAGGCGGCUGAUGGGCGGAAGGACAGCUGGCAAGAGUCAAGGACGAGCUAUAAAAUAAUUCGCGAAAGCAUGGCCACGGGAAGUUACUCCAGUUAUCUCGCUGCCUCAGCGAGCUGAUUUCGAGAAGCGGACAAAUUCGAAGCGCUCGCAAAUUAUCGCCGGGAAAAUUGAUAGAUUCGAUUAGCAAUCUAAAAAGCAAAAAGCCAGCCGAGAACAACAGCCGGAGGCUUCUUUAAUUUGUCAACCAACCAACCAACACAAAACCAACCACCACCCACCGCCCAUCGGACUUCCUCGAAACCCAUCGCCCUGAGCCGACAAACAUCGAGUCAUGCCUGAGCAGGAUAAUUACGAUGAUGAGUUGGUCUCCAGCAAUCCCAACCAGAGGAAUUGGCGCGGGAUCCUCAUCGCCCUGCUGGUCAUCAUCAUUGUCCUGGCCCUGAUUGUAACUUCGGUGGUGCUGCUCACGCCGCCCGAUGAGGGGCCGCGGGUCAAGGGUCAGCGCAUCAAGCUGCAGGACAUCGUCGACGGGCUCUUCAUGCCGCAGAACGCCAACGGCAGCUGGAUAGACGGCGAGGAGUUCCUCUACCAGGACCAUUUGGGUCGCAUCUGUCUGCUGAAUGCAGCCAAUCGCUCGGAACGUGUCCUCAUGUCCAACGUGACAUUCAAAACCCUGGCUCCAUUCACCUUUACCAUUUCGGCGGACAAGCGCUAUUUGCUCCUGGCCCAAAACGUUGUGAAGCUCUUUCGACACUCGUAUUUGGCCCAGUACACGCUCUACGACAUCCAGACCAGCGAGAGCAUCAAGUUGCGCCACAGUCCGCUGCAGGAUGAGUGGCCCUACCUGCACUUCGCUCGAUUCACGCCCGCCGGAAACGCUUUGGUCUGGGUGCAGGGAUACGACAUCUUCUACCGCCAGGAGGUGCGCAGCUCGGCCGUCCACCGGAUCACCCACGACGCGGUGCCCGGAGUGGUCUACAACGGCAUCCCGGACUGGCUCUACGAAGAGGAGAUCCUUCAUGCGAAUAAUGCAAUUUGGAUGUCGGACAACGGCCAACUGAUGCUGUUCGCCACCUUCAACGACUCCCUCGUCCAGGAGCAGCACUUCGCCUGGUACGGGACGACGGGUCCUCCAUCAGGAGGGGCAGCGGCAGCGGCGGCGGCGGCGGCUUCAGCGGGAACGGGGGGCGGGGGAGCGGGCAGCGCAUCGGGCGGAGGUAAUCCGCAUGCCAACCUGUACCCGGAAAUCAGGUCCUUACGCUAUCCUAAGCCAGGCACUCAGAACCCAACUGUAACCCUGCGAGUUGCCGACCUGAAGGAUCCACAGAAUGUUCGCAUCACAGACCUGCGACCCCCGCAAAUUUUGGCUCAUGAGGAUCACUACUUCAGCAGCGCCAGCUGGGUGAGUCACUCGAAGAUCGCGGUGGUGUGGCUCAAUCGUCCGCAGAACAUCUCGGUGGUCAGCGUGUGCAAGGCUCCGUCGUUCGAGUGCAUUGAGACCCACCGCGUGAGUGGAGAUGGACGUGGUUGGGUGGACACCGUGGCAGUUCCCCUGUUUGCCACCAAUGCCAGCGUCUAUGUGGCCAUUUCCCCCCUGCGAGACGGCCUGUUCGGCUACUUCCGGCACAUCGUGCACGUGGACAUCGACAAGAACCGGGUCCUGCCCCUCACCCACGGACCCUACGAGGUCAACCGCCUGCUGCACUGGGAUCAGCUGGAUAAUUGGAUCUACUUCCUGGGAACUCCGGAGCGGCUUCCCUCGCAGCAGCACCUUUAUCGCGUAUCCGCCCUGCCGGCCCGCCAAGGUCAGGCCCUCCACCCACCGGAUUGCCUGACCUGCCCGGCAGUGAGCCAGUUCGCCGAGGGCUACGACGAGGGACACACCAAGUCGCCGCCGAAGCUGGUGACCGCCUGGGACGACGACUGGGAGGACUCCGAGGAGGCGGAGGCUCCUGCUCCCCAACCGGCUCUCCCGGUGGAGCAGCAGAAUCCGGGGAGGGGUCAGGGCGCCCCACUGCCUCCUCCUCCGAGUGAAUGCCUGUACCACGAGGCACAGUUCCCGCUCUCCCGGCAGGCGAAAUAUGUCCUGGUCGACUGCCUGGGACCCGUGGUGCCCACCUCGAUCAUCUACGGCCUGAAGUCCACCUCUGUGGAGAGCCCCAAGGUCAAAAGGCAGAACUCCCAGCAGGAGGAACCUCCCACGGAAAACGGCGAGGAGAAGGCGGCGGAGCAGCCGAAGUCGCAGUUCCUGGAGCUGCUGGUCACCGUGCAGAACAACACGCGGCUGAAGGAGAAGAUGGCCCGCACGGCCAUGCCGCAGAUCAAGACCUUCCCCGUGAUGAUCUCCGGCGGAUACCACGCACAAGUGCGGCUCUACCUGCCUCCGGUGCUGCGCGAGGACGAGAUCACGCGGUACCCCACCAUCCUGCACGUCUACUCCGGUCCGGGCAGCCAGCUGGUCACCGACCGCUGGCACGUCGACUGGAACACCUACCUCUCCGGCAGCAAGGACUACAUCGUGGUGGAGAUCGACGGGCGGGGAUCGGCGGGCCAGGGCUACCAGCUGCUGCACGAGGUCUACAAGCGGCUGGGGAGCGUCGAGGUCUCCGACCAACUGGAGGUCAGCGAGUACCUCAGGGACAACCUGCACUUCAUCGACUCCCGCCGCAUGGGCGUCUGGGGCUGGAGCUACGGAGGAUACACCGCCGCUCUGGCCCUCGCCGGCCAGCAGUCGAUCUUCCAGUGCGGAAUCAGCGUAUCGCCGGUCACCAACUGGAAGUUAUACGAUUCCACGUACGCGGAACGCUAUCUGAGCUUCCCGAACGUGACGGACAACUACAAGGGCUACGAGGAGAGCGAUCUGUCGAAGUACGUGGACAACCUGCGGGAUCGCCAGUUCCUGUUGGUCCACGGAACCGCCGACGACAACGUGCACGUGCAGCAGUCGAUGGUUUUGGCCAGAUCUCUGACCAGCAAAGGAGUUCUCUACAAGCAGCAGAUCUAUCCCGACGAGGGCCACAGCCUUUCGGGGGUCAAAAGGCACUUGUACCGCUCGAUGACCGCCUUCUUCGAGGAUUGUUUCAAGAAACUGGUGCCGCCGGAAUCGAAAGCUGGCCUCGGCAACGGCGGCGAUAUGCAACAGCAAUAAACAUGAAUUAUGGAACCAGCAGCAGCAGCAAGUAUUUAAUAUAAACAUCGUAAUUCUGAUAACAGAAGUACGGAAAACCAACAAACUCCGACCGGAACGUGCGAACGAAAUGUUUGUUUGUAAAUUGCAUUAAAUGUGAUUUAUCAUAAAAACAUCCACAAUUCUCAGACACACACAGCCAACUGUUAAAUGGCAGCCCGAAUAGCCAAACAGCAACAACACCAGCACGAACAACUAAGUUAAAUGGCAUUUUGUGUAAAAUUAAUAAGAAAAGCAGCAGCAAAGCAGCGAGAGCGAAAUGCCAAGUAAGUGUGCACAAAAAGAAGCAUAAACAAACAAGUGUGUAUGUAUGCAGACAAAGCGAACAAAAUCAACAUGGUUGUGAAAACAUAACUCACACAGGCACACCCACCCACACAGAACCACAAACACACGCACAGAAAGAGAGAGAGAGAGAGAGCGCACGCACAAAGGUAGGCAAUAAAAAUUUACACAUGCGGCAUUUCUCCGCUGACAGGUGUGACAUUUCAAUGCCCUUGCAGGAGGUUUACUUAACCCGCCAAGCAUUUUGGCACAUUUUUUUGGAAACUCUUAAGAAGUUAGUUAUUUUGCAUUUUUAAAAAUAUUUUUUAUUAUAUGGCUGAACCAAAAAAUUUUUUUUAAACUUUCUGAAAACUAAAUAAAAUACAAAACUUCAGAAAAAGGUUAGGAAGAAUGUUUUACUUAAUUAUAAUUAGUGAAGGUAUUAUUUCAAUAGUAAAAUUUCAGUUACAUAAAAUCAUCUUCGUAGCUCAUAACUGUAGAAUUUUUGGAACAAUUCCUGAAAUAAAUUAAGCGAGGGAACUUAGUUAGUCGACUUCCUUAGGCUGCACAUUCGUUUCGGUUAACUUUUUCAUUUCAUUGAAAUCUAUGCAUUUUUUGCAUAAAUAUCCAACGAGGGCAAACAGAAAUGAAAUUGAAAAGUACAUUUAUCGAAAAUGCUACACGUGAACCAGCUGAGGUUCGUGCUGCUCUGCUUGAACGGAAAUGACCAGCAUAAAUCAAAUCUGAAAACAUUCUAAAUGACAUUUUCUGAUAGUCGAACGGUUUUAUCAUUUGCCAAGGGAAAGUUUUCCAAACUGUGAGCCAUUAGCUCACGGGGGGCGGGAAAUGGCCCAUAAAUUGCGACUGAAUUUAUGGACUUAGCUCAUAAUUGAGUCUGGAUUUGCAAACUGUUGACAAAACGAAUGAUUGAAGUGAGAACUUGUGUACUAAACUCUUACCAAGUCAAACACGCAUUCGACUUAAAAAACUCAGUCACUGUUUGGAUAGAUUAAAAUACGUUUUUAAUUUCACUUUCGUUACUCGUAAAUUCGAUCGUAAAAUUUACUGCCCGAAAAAACAGAAUAAAACUGAAAAAUGUCCGAGAGAUGGGCCUCAGUUGGCGAGAAAAUAAUUCGUUUGCAGUAAAAUUUAAUUAAAUCAGACGAAAUAAAAACACUGCAAUAAAUAAAACAUAAAUAUUUGAAAUGAAAUGAAGGAAACAAACAGGCGAGUCCGCAACACAAACAAAUGCAUAAAAAACGUUUGAAUAAAUGCAGAUAUAAUUGAAUUUUCACAAAGCAAACAGAAGAAUUACCAAAUGGCCAAAGUAAAGUUAAAUUAAUAAAGGGAGGAUUAAAUGUGAAAUUCGAACCGAACACAAAUUAUAAAUCAAACAAACCAAUUAAAUAGUAUAAAUGCAUGUAAUUAGCGCAAUAAUACUUAAUAGAUAAAUUUACGACCUUUUGUUUAUUUUUAAACCCACUUCCCUGCUAAAAAGAAAACAAAACGAGAGUAGUGAAAGUCUAGUAGCGUUAGUCAAAGUCCAAACAAAAACCAAAAAAAUAGUUAAUUAAGCAAAGGUGAAUUAAAAUGAUAAACAAAAAUGAGAAAAAGGUCAAAAAUAGCUGCGAUACACAUUAAAAAUAAAAUGGGAUAAAAGCAAUGCUCAAAAUGUAUGAAAAUUAAGGGGAGCAGAAGAAAAGCCAACGACACUGCAUCGCACAAUUAGUACAAAUCUCAUUUACCCCAUUCCUUCCGUUUAUUUACCUCCCAGAGUAAGGCAGUACUAUAUAAAGGGAUUAUCUUUAAUUAGACAUUUGGCACACAUUUUUGGAGAGCAGCAGUUAAUUAGCAACCGCUGCUGGAUUCAGGUUUAUAGUUCUGACUGUGGGCAGAGCACUUCUCCAAGAUAUGCGAAUUUUGGAGGUUUAUCACAUUAAACUUUACGUAAAAUUUUCCAGUGUUGUAUUAUUUAUUUACUUAUUUGCCGAGCGGCAAGCUCUAUCCCAUUGUUGAACAUUUUUAAAUUCCUGGGAACUCGUUGGCAGCCUUUUAAUACGACAGCUAAAUGGCGUCUUACCAUUUGCAAUAUAAUCUGUUCAAGUUCCCAGAACAGAACAGAACAGAACACUACUUUGUUUCCCGCUAAAUCUCUAUAAAUAUAAAUGCGAGUAUCCAUUUACGUAGUCUGCAGCUCGUAGUAAUAGCAAUCCCGUCGGUAUAGAGUUUCCCCCAACUUUCAGGGCAAUUUUAAUAAUAAAGCCGCGUUGGCCGCAAAGUAUGCUACACAAAGUAUAAACUCGUCCUUACAGCGACACCCCUUCCCCGCCCCUUCUUCUUCCCAUCAGGUAGGCAGUGAUGUGUGCUGGUGUUGGAAAAUUGCAAGCCAACAUAAAUUUAUGUCUGCCUGACACUUUUAUGUGCCGCGCUGGCGGUUUCAGCUUUUUACGUCGCGUUUUUAGACGCUAGCAGAACGCAUGCCAAUGUUUGGCUAAGCCGCAGGUUUUCCUGUCCACAAUUAACUCACACAGAUGCCUGCUGCCACACCUGGCCAGUGAUUCUGUGCUUGUGUGUGUGUGUGUGUGAGUUGGGGGCGUGUGUCGGUGUGAAGGCGCUUAUUUUUAGCCCGAAAGGUCGUCCGUAAGAGGGGCUGUAAAAGGCCAGCUGGUGCUCUCGUUCCCUCGUCCUGUUGACAUACGCAAAAUAAAGGAUAAAGGUGUUUGCCUUAAAUGGGCCUAUUCCGAACUCCCCAUUACUACCCACCCCCACCCCCACCCACAAUAAAAAUCCGAGAUGAAGCCAUAAGUGCGAUGCUGUGUCGGCGAGCCAUGAAAAUUGAAAAAGGCUCGAAAACAAAGGGAACGCCGAAAACAAAACAUUCAAAUGCUUUCUAUGUAGUGUACUAAGGACCAAUUACCAAAGAAACGUGCGGGAAUAAUUAAAUAAAUAUAUAUACAAUUAUGAAAAUGUAGCAACGCGCCGUAGAGGAUUAACGAAAUUUGCAAUAUAUACAUAAACACACCUACGACAUAAUGAAUAUUGACUCAAAUACCAUUUAGUAAUUAUACAAGCAAAUAUAUACCUACGAUAUAUACAAGAAAUCAAAUAAAUAUGUAUACAUUUACGGAAGUGGUAGUUUAGUUCAAUUAGAGGAUCAAGCGUUUGCAUUAUUCGAGUUACAACCUAUUGAAACCAAGUAAAGUGAAAACUAUAAAUACUGUUAGCUCAACCAAAAGCUCGACUCCUGAGCGAGUGGCUCUGUAAAAAAGGUAAACUGUAAUAUACGCCUAUGCAUAACUAAAUAACUAUACUUUGAUAUAUGAUAAAUAUAUUUUAUAAACAACUUUUACUCUUAAACAACAAACAAUUUUAAUACUCUAUCUUCAGCCUUACCGUAAACUAAACGAAAGAAUCUAAGAAGGAAUAUAGUGUCUCCUUGAGAAGAGAUCCGAAAGCUAAUGUGCAAAGAUGCAAUUCUAGCCUAACCUAAGCCUAAAACCAACGAAAUCGAUUACAAGUUGUUAGUUCUGUUGUUUAAUGUAAAUAAGCUUUAAGGUGGUUAGCUCAAUUCGAAUACUUUGUUUACUCCUUUCGUUAAAGAGCGUUUGAGAAAUACUUAAGCCGAUAGCGAAAACAAAACCUUUGUGAUCCAACAAGUUUCUUCUCUUCCAUGAAGCAAAACCAAACUAACCAAUAUAAUAAUAUGAAUUUAAAAUUAAUAUGUAAUUACAUUGACUUAAUUAGCUGAGACGUUCAAUAAUUUCGCCAGGCAUUUAGUAAAGGAAAUCGUGGAAAACGAAAAUACCUAAAAUAAAUGAAAGCCAAAAAAGGAAACUGAA